AUGCAUGAACCUGCUUUGUUACGAAGUUGUUGCAAAAUUCCAUAUACAGAUGAAUAUAUAAAGCAAUGCCGUAAAAAUUUACUGAACACUACUUUAACACCACCCACACUUAUAGCCAAGAUACGUCAAAACAAGGUUGCACUACAUAUUUGUAUUGCGGAAUGUGAAUUCAAUGCAAAGCGUUAUUUAAGCAGUCCAAACAAGGCAAAUAUGACUGCAAUCGAAGUUGAUCUAAAGACCCGACACAGAAAGGAUUUAGAGUAUGUGAACCUUUUAUUAAAAGGUUUAUGGAAAUGUUUGGAGUACGCCAAUUUACAAUACGUGGAGCAUAGUUGGCUAUUUCCAUCGUUUGAAUGUAAUUCCUAUCCUGCUGCGCUUUUGGCCUGUGCAACCGAAACGGUCUAUGAGAAUUGUCCUACUAAUAGAUGGCGCAACUCAACCAAAUGUGAAGCUAUGAGAGAAUUUUUAGUAACGUGUGAUGAAGAAAUUAAAUCAGAUAAAACAAUACAUCAAUUGCAAAAUUAA